AUGCAGGAGCAGAACCGGAACGCCCGUGGCCCGUGCUCAUCCCCAGGCAAGCGUUCAGCGGGUGCGGGCUGGGUGCUGCCCACCGCGGCGGGGCCGGGGCUGACCCCGCACCCUGCAGCCCCUCAGGUGCCGCGUUAUGUCCGGGUGAACGUGCUGAAAACAUGCAUGGAUGAUGUGGUGGAAUUCUUCAAGCGCCAGGGAUACUCCUUCCUGGGCAGGGCGAGCAGUGUGGAAGAGCUGAAAAUCCUUUCUGGGAAGAAAUUCUUAUUGGAUAUUCACCUCCCGGAGUUGCUCGUUUUCCCUCCGCAGACGGACUUCCACGAUAACCGGCUCUAUACAUCAGGACACAUCAUCCUGCAGGAUAAGGCCAGCUGCUUGCCAGCCUUCCUCCUUAGCCCUUCUGCUGGCUCCCAUGUGAUCGAUGCCUGUGCUGCCCCUGGGAACAAAACCAGCCACCUGGCUGCCAUCCUGAAGAACAAGGGGCAUAUCUUUGCCUUUGAUGUGGACACCAAGCGCCUGGCUACCAUGAACACUAUGCUGAUGCGGGCAGGGGUCACCAGCUUCAAGCUGGCCCAGCAGGACUUCCUGACAGUUGAUCCCCAGGAUCCCAAAUACAGCAAAGUAAAAUACAUCCUCCUGGACCCGUCGUGCAGCGGCUCGGGGAUGGUGGCCCGGCUGCCACUGGAGGAGGCUGCCCUGAGUGCAGAGCGGCUGCAGGCGCUGGCUGGCUUCCAGCGCAGGGUCCUGAGCCACGCGCUGCGCUUCCCGGCGGUGCAGCGUCUGGCCUACUCUACGUGUUCAGUGCACCGGGAGGAGAACGAGGACGUGGUGCACGCAGUGCUGCAGGAGCAGGGAUCGGCCUUCAGGCUGGUGAAUGCGUUCCCAUCCUGGCCCUGUCGAGGACUUGCUACCUUCCCAGGGGCUGAGUGCUGCCUCCGCGCCUCUCCUGCAGAUACACUCACACAGGGCUUCUUUGUGGCUGUCCUGGAGCGCUGUGGGGAGGAAGCUGCUGUCCCCAGCUCCCUGCCUGCAGCCGCUGAAGAGAGCCUACAGCAAGAAGAGGGAGUAGAGCCAGGAGCAGCUCCUCCUAAGAAGAGGAGGAGGAAAAAGCAACGUGUGAAGGUGUGAAAUAAUUCUAGGAGCAGGUGGUGUCUUUUUGAGGCUGGUUUCUGGUGCUGGGCUAUGCUGUGGCCCUUGCACUGAGUAACAGAAAUAAAGCUUUUCACCAGCUGCUGGCUUGGUGAGCUUC